UGGGCUACGGUCCACAUUCUUUCCCACCCCAUUAUCAUCUUCAUCGUUACAUAUAAAAUAAAACCUUUGCUUCAGCCGAAUAAACAACCCCCAAUCGCUUCUCUCUCUCUCUCCGUAUCUUCUUCCAUGGAAGCUCUUUCCGGUUCCGCUUCCCAUAUUCAGAGAUUUUCAGACACUUCCGCCUUCCCAAUUCCGCACCCUAAAAACACCGCCAACCAUUCUCUUUCCUUCAGAAUCAUUCCCACUUUCCCCAAAACCUCCUCUUUGCGAUCUGCCUCUCGAGUUUCGGCGCUAUCCGGUGAAGGCAGCGACCAACAGGAUGCUCGGUUCAAUAACGAUAAUGGUGUCUCCAGUUUAGUUUCCGAUGAGAAUCUCUCUGUACCUGAGUCCAUCAAUGGAUAUUUCAAAUGGCUUGUUCGGCUUUGUUGUGAUGGCCUCUCUCAUAUCCUGAAGGGUAAUUCAGAUCUCAAACAAAGUAGUGAAAAGGAUGUUGAUUUGGCGACUCCUCCUCUUGUGGUCUCAUAUGGAAGCUCAACUGGAGGAGGUACAAGAGCUGGGCUUUUCAGAACGCCUAUAUCUGGAGGAGUACAAAGUGCAACCUCUGCUCAUGGCUUACCUAGACCGGCUUUAGCAGUCCGGAAUUUAAUGGAACAGGCUAGAUUUGCUCAUCUGUGUACUGUGAUGUCUCGCAUGCACCACCGUCGAGAAGGUUAUCCAUUUGGUUCACUCGUAGAUUUUGCACCAGAUCCUAUGGGUCAUCCAAUAUUUUCAUUCUCACCAUUGGCUAUACACACUCGGAACUUGUUAGCUGAUCCAAGAUGCACACUAGUUGUACAGAUUCCUGGAUGGAGUGGCUUGUCAAAUGCACGGGUGACGAUAUUCGGUGAUGUAUACCCGCUUCCAGAAGACCAGCAGGAAUGGGCUCAUAAACAGUACAUAGCAAAGCACCAACAAGGACCUUCCCAGCAGUGGGGGAAUUUCUACUACUUCCGGAUGCAAAACAUAAGUGAUAUAUACUUUAUUGGAGGAUUUGGGACUGUUGCUUGGGUUGAUGUUAAAGAAUAUGAAGCUCUGCAACCAGAUAAAAUUGCUGUUGAUGGGGGUGAACAGAAUCUAAAGGAACUAAAUGCAACAUUCUCAAAGCCUCUGAGGGAGCUUUUGUCCAAAGAAGCUGAGGUAGAUGAUGCUGCUCUUAUAUCGAUAGAUAGCAGGGGAGUUGAUAUCCGCGUCCGGCAAGGCGCCCAGUUUAAUGUUCAGAGGAUUUCAUUUGAGGAAGGGCUCAGUGUUGAAACGGUGGAGGAAGCAAAGAAAGCACUUUGGAAACUGUUAGAUAGAGGUCGAGUGCACAAUUUACAAAAGUGAAAUGUGCUUGCUUUGUUUCAUUGUGUAAUUUUAUUUUGCCAUUGAAAUUAUGGGAGCAAACGGAAGUUGAGUUGUAAGUUAUGCAUGAACGUAAUAAGGUUGUAGACAAAUGCUUUAGAGCAGCAUAAUCAAACUUUUCUUGCAGUUCUCAAGUCUUAAUGAAUACUGGAGCUAAUUGUCCUUAUAAUUUGCGGCCUGAGUAUCUUAUGAUGAUUAAUAGAUGUGGCAGAUGUACUGAUUUUUGAAUAUUUGAGGACUGGAGGCUCAUUGCCUUAAGUAUGUAAGAGUAGUAAUAGUUUGAUGA